AUGCUGCUUUCCUGCGGCUCAGGCAGUCACAGGGUCAUUGGGGGAGCUGUCUGCGCCUCCAGCUCCAGAUGGGAGCUCAAGCCUGACCAGGAAAGUGCCCGGCUGCAGCUGAGCCUCGCAGGUGGGAGUUCGCCGGAGUGUGCGGCCGCGUCACGGCGCGCGGAGGAGAAUCGGGUCGGGGGGAGGCGCGCGGUCCCCGGCGCCCCGAGACGCGGCGGGCGCGGCCGCCCCGGAGCAGCCGACUGCGCUGCAGUCGGAUCCGCCUCUCCCUUCCUCCCGCUCCGGCCCCGCGCCCUCCCGCCCUUACCUUUCCCUCUUCCCCGGCCCGACCCCCAGCUUCUCCGUGUGCGCUCGCUUUAA